AUGUUUUUUUGUCAACUAAUAUCAUCAUCUUCAAAAUUCAAUGAUCAAGCAUUGACGAUUGUAAAAUCUAUUGAUAAUUAUCUUUGUCAAAAUUAUGUAUUUACUUGUUUUUUUCGUCAACGAUAUCAUCAAUCAUAUGUUCAACAACAAUACAAUAAUUGUAAAUCAUUUUUAAUUCUACGUUCAUGUCUUUACUAUGAUAAAGAUUCAAUACAUAUGUGUCAUCAAACUACACUUAAUCAAGCUAAAUUAAGUCUUGUUAAUAUAACACCAAUGUAUUGUUUGACUUCACCUAUAUAUAAAACUUUAUAUAUGCAACAUUUACCUUCAAGAGCACUGCUUAAAACGACUAUCAACUGGCAAAUAUUCAUCUCGUUCUUUUCACUGUUCAUCUUAUUUGUCAUUAAGAUGAACAUGUGUUGUUAA